AUGAUGCUGCUUAUUGUGUCGGCUUUGAUUGCCUGUGCGUAUGCCAGACCAUUAGAUGAUGCCCACGCAACCGGACAGGGUUACAGCUAUCCCAAACCUAUUGGUAGCUACUUUUAUCCAUCUACUACCGCAAAUGGAAUCUCUGCGCAGGAACAGGGAGUUCUUGGCAAGCGUGUCACUGGUAGUUACUAUUACUACACCCCAGAGGGCGAACUGAUCAAGAUUACAUAUAUUGCCGAUGUGAUUGGAUACCAGCCACAAAUCACCACUCAGAGUUUAAGUCCUUGUACUGUCAAAUCCCUUUGUGGAUAA